CAAGGGCUUUAGGCAAAACCUUGGGUUGGAAUAGUAACUUACUCUUACUCGACGGAAGGAAUAAAACAGGGACAAAAAGACAAGAUAUAUGCCUCUGGAUUUGGAUUCGGUGCACCCAGACAUAACCUAGUAACAAAGAAGAUAACGCUAAGUGAUGAACUGCCAUUCACCUCAGGAAGAUGCAUGGAUUCUCCCCUCUUGAUGGCUUUGUGGAGAUAACUGAAAACUUGGCAGAGAUGAUCAAAUACUUGGGGAAUGAGCCCUCUGUAGGGCUUUUCUAUAUACAGCAGCACACUCAAAAUGCUGUACCCAACCUUGUUAGUAUCAAGAACAAUGUUGUGGCAAAGUCUCAUGAAACAAGUUUGCACACUGAAGAUUUGGAGGAUUCCAUCAGCAUGUUGAGUUCAAUGAAAGAAUGUGGUUUCCCUAUAGCUGAUGAUAUGAUAAAAGACAUCAGAAAAUCUCUUGCAGUUAUGUCAUCAUCACAACCAAAGAAAGGUUUUGUGCAUAAAAGAGCGUUCAGUUUUCAGAUGAGAAGUACUGGCUCCUGGAGCCCAGACGCUUGGGGUCGUGGUUCAACUCCUACCCAUCCAGAUGGUGAACGGAAAACCAAUUAUUUUACUAAUGUAUUCAAGUCAGCAAAACAAAAGGCCAGUAAUUUCAAGUGGCCACAACUUGAUCCAAAAGAUACCAGCUUAGCACAGGGCGGGAAACUAUUGUCUUAUCCCACUCCACCAAUAUCGGUUGCACCUGUGAGUACAAGUUCUUCUCGGGCAGAUAUGGAAUCUGAUGAACUGCCUCUGUCGGGUCAGGUUGCAGAUGACCAUGAUGAGAAAGAAGCAGAAGGAAAGGAGGUAAAAGCUGAUGAUGUCAACAUUUCACCCAAAAAUUUAUUGUCCUUGUCAGAAAGUUACUAUGAUUUUAAAGCAGAUAAAGAAGCCAAACUUGAAGAAUGGUUGGGAGGGGCUGAAUGUAACUCAGAUAUCUUUAAGAAAGCAACUGAUGUCUAAGGCAGAGAGGACUUUUAUCAAAGCUUUAGGUUGUAAAUACAGUUUGUUAUAAAUUUGCCCCUGGAUAAUGAUCACAUACUGCUGUUUUAUUGUGCCA